AUGACGCUGUUGGCUGAUCAUAGCCAGGCAUGUUUUCGAUGGCGCCGCAAACGCAUCAUUGUCCGCACGCUGGUCGAGUUCAAGUUCGACCCGUCAUCGCCGCCGUCCGCCAACAGCCCCGGGACCAACACCAGCAUGCAGGACUGGCUCUGGCAUCUCUGCGAUCUCCGACCGUACCCCGAUCUCGACAAGUUCCGCCCAGGCUUCGAGGAGAUGAUCCUGCACAUCGGGCGGGAGCUCAAGAAGAACGGCGACGAGGGCGACCCCGUCGCGCGGGCCAAGGCGGCGCCCGGGGGCGAGUGGACCGCCGAUCCGGUCGCGGCGUACAGGUGGUGGAAGGCGGGCUGCGUGCGACGGGCCAAGGAGCGCAAGGGCAAGGCUUUUGUCGACGGCGGUGGUGGUGGCGACCGGGAAGACCGUCAUCGUCACGGCAGCAGCAGCGUCAAGGAUGGCCAUCACAGUGAUGUUGUCGUUGCUGCUGCUCCUCCUCCACCUCCUCCGCAGCUGCUCUCCUCCGCUGCGAUCCACACCCUGAGCCAGCUCCGCGAGCUAGGUAUCCAGAUUGCCGAGGCGUCCAACAAGAAACGCGAGGCCGUCGCGGCCCAGGCAGCGCGGGACGCGACGGAGGUGCGGUUGCUGGCGUGCCGGAAGCGCGUGGACCAGCUGCAGCGUCGUGUCAGCCGAAGCGAUGGAUCGCCGAGACCGCCGGUCCCUGAGCUGCUCGUCGAGAAGGUCGAGAGCGCCUCGUUGGCUUUGCAGGAGCACGAGGCAAAGCUGGCGGUGGUGAUACCGGAGGCUGUCGCCAGCGCCGCGGCGUUGGCGCAGAGCAAGGAGCUGGAGCAUCUCGUGCGAGUGAGUGGCGCCGGCGAGAGGCAGUAA